AUGUCUGCUUUCUCUAUCUCAAACUCCAGUAGCUCCAGAUUUUUUCUCACUGGUUUUCCUGGCCUAGAAGUUUACUAUGUCUGGAUCUCCAUCCCUUUUUCCCUCAUCUAUGCCAUAGUGUUUCUGGGAAACAGCAUGGUGCUCCAUGUGAUCUGGACUGAGCCAAGCCUGCACCAGCCCAUGUUCUACUUCCUGGCCAUGCUGGCUGUCACUGACCUUUGCAUGGGGUUGUCUACUGUGCACACAGUGCUAGGGAUUCUGUGGGGUUUUACUGAAGCCAUCACCCUUGAUUCCUGCAUUGCCCAGUCUUAUUUUAUUCAUGGUCUAUCAUGCAUGGAGUCCUCUGUCCUCCUCUCCAUGGCUUUUGACCGCUACAUUGCCAUUUGUAACCCACUACGCUAUUCCUCCAUCUUAACAAAUGACAAAAUCAUGAAAAUUGAGGUGACGAUUUUAUGUAGAAGUUCUUUGCUCAUUCUUCCAGGCAUCAUCCGGCUGAAGUUCUUAGAUUACUGCCGUCCUCAUUUCCUCUCUCAUUCUUUCUGCCUGCACCAAGACUUGAUUCGAAUGACCUGUUCAGACAGUCGCUUCAACAGCAUCUACGCUCUGGCUCUGGUGAUCUGCACGCUCCUGUUGGAUGUGGUGCUCAUACUUAUGUCUUACAUCAAAAUUUUGCACACAGUUUUAAACAUCGCAUCCUGGGAGGAGAGACUCAAGUCCUUGCAGACUUGUUUAUCUCACAUCUGUGCUGUUUCUGUUUUUUAUAUCCCAAUCAUCGGUCUGACUAUGGUACAUCGCUUUGGGAAACACCUCUCACCACUGGUUCAUGUCUUUAUGGGUAACAUCUAUAUCCUUUUUCCACCCUUGAUGAAUCCCAUUAUUUAUAGUAUCAAAACCCAACAGAUACGCAUGAGAAUCCAGAGACUGUUGUACUUGAAAGUAGCCUAA